GAUGAGGAACAGUCCUAACACUCAGUACACUCAUAACUUGAUUUGCAAGAUGGCCGACCAAAACGAGCGUCGCCGCCGUCAAGAUACUAUGGAGAUGAUUCCUCAGAGUUAUUAUUCGCAGCAGCCACUCAAGGUCGAGCUCACUGAGUUCUACUCUCGAGACAACUCCAAAGACCAUCACACUGAACAAUAUGACUUGGUGAACGACAACAUUCUUCCCAACCCAGUUCUCAGGAGAGGUCAAAACUUCUUCUUUGCUGUUCGGUUCGACAGGACUUACGACAAACAACAGGAUAUGAUUCGCAUCGUUUUCUGCUUUGGUCCAAAGCCAAGCGUUACCAAAGGAACUCGUGUCGUUUUGCCUGUAAACUGGAGCAACCAGCAAGGUGUAUUCCAACAUUCUCGUGACAUGAUGGGCAUGGGUUUGGGAAUGGGAAUGUCUCGUAUGCAAGAUACAAGUACUAGCAUGGCUCCUAUGGGAACGAUGAGUACUAUGGGCAACAUGGGAGCCAUGGGAAGUAUGGGAACAAUGGGCUCUAUGGGUCCCAUGAGUGGUAUGAGAGAGACUACGACAUACGGCGUCCGCCGUAGUUCGUUUAGCAACGAGCCCUUGCCAUUGCAGCAUAGUCCACUUAGUCCUCAUGGACCUAUGGAUCGUCCUAUGAUGGAUCGCUAUGGAGGAACAGGGCAGCAUUCGACAUUUGGUCGUGGAUAUGGUUCACGUCAUGGCUCUAUGCAGAAUUUGGCAGCUCUUGCUCACGACAUGGACAGGUGGGACAUCAGCAUUCAGCGUCAAGAUGGUAACACGAUUACCUUCCAAGUUCACGUACCAGCUACUGCUCCCGUCGGCGUAUGGAACUGCUGGGUUCAAACCAAUCGAUUUGGCCAGCGCGAUAACCGCCACGACUACAAAUGCGAUGAAGAUAUCUAUAUGCUGUUCAACCCUUGGUGUCGCGAGGACCCCGUCUACAUGGACAACGAAUCAUCCAGAAAGGAGUACGUGCUCAACGAACAAGGAAAGAUCUGGUGUGGAACUUGGCGUCAGCCGAAGGGUCGCAAAUGGAUUUACGGACAAUUUGAUGACGUGGUGUUACCUGCUUGCAUGUACUUGUUGGAACGGAGCGGUCUUGAGCAUUCAGAACGUGGUAAUCCGAUUCGUGUUUGCAGAGCUAUUUCGUCGAUGAUAAAUGCGAACCACGACGAUGAUGGCCUAAUGGUUGGCCGUUACGACGGCGAAUACAAAGAUGGUGUUGCACCACACGCUUGGACCGGCUCCGUGGCUAUCAUGGAGCGUUACCUCACGGACGGAGGCAGGCCAGUCGAGUACGGCCAGUGCUGGGUAUACUCCGGCCUUGUGGUCACAAUUUGCCGUGCUCUUGGUAUUCCUUGUCGUUCUGUUACCAACUACGUAUCAGCACAUGAUACGAACAGAACCUUCACAGUGGACAAAUACUUUGAUCGUGAUGGCAAUGAAGUACCAAAUGGACCGGACGAAGAUUGCUACGAUUCCUGCUGGAACUUCCAUGUAUGGAACGAUGUAUGGAUGCAACGACCUGAUUUGCCUCAAGGUUACAGUGGCUGGCAGAUCAUUGAUUCCACACCCCAAGAGGAAGCUGAAGCUGUGUACCACUGCGGUCCGGCUAGUGUUGAGGCGGUGCGCCGCGGCGAGGUUGGCUUCCAAUAUGAUACACCCUUCAUGUAUUGUCAGCUUAACGCAGAACUUUGCCACUUCCAAGAAGAGGAGAAUUCUGAAUGGGGUUUCAUUAGGAUGGCUUCGAACCAGUAUCAAGUUGGCCGCAAGAUUCUUACCAAGAACCCGAACCGUGACGAUGAUGAAGGUGACAGUGAUAUGCUGGAGAUCACGCACGAAUACAAGACGGUGGACAGCUCGUCUCCGGAACGCCUGGCUGUCAUUGCAUCGUGCCGCGGCUACCAACGUUUGCAGCAGUAUUACGAAUAUCCAGACCGCAAUUUCGAAGAUGUCUACUUCGAUCUUAUGGACAUUGACCUCGUGCCUUAUGGACAGCCGUUCGAUUGCACGAUGAAUAUUCAGAACAAAUCGCAUGAGGAUCGUACCAUUUGGUGCGUCUUGACCGCUUCGUCAUGCUACUACACUGGCGCCAUCGCGUCACGACUGCGAAGGGCCCAAGGAGAGUUCAUUGUACGCGCAGGACAGCGUGAAGUAUUGAAGUUGCACGUGACACCACAAGAGUACAUGGACAAGCUAGUAGAUCAUUCCAUGGUGAAGGUGCAUGCCAUGGCUUACGUAAAGCAAACACGCCAGGCUUGGUCAGAUGAGGAUGACUUCCCACUACACAAGCCCAGGAUGCAAGUGCAGGUGAGGAGCCAACCAUGCAUAGGACAAGAAUGUGCUGUCACAUUCAGCUUCCAGAACCCAUUGAACGUUCACCUGACCGACUGCUACUUUACGUUUGAAGGACCUGGCGUGCAGAGGCCACGACAGAUAAGAUUCCGCGACGUGAAGCCGGGUGAGUUCGUAAACUACCAGGACAAGUUCGUGCCACGACGACACGGCGAGCGUCGCAUCGUGGUGACGUUCUCGUCGAGGCAGUUGGACGAGAUCUUCGGUUGCACCACGGUGAAUGUGCGCGGCUAGCUAGCCCCCGGGCCCCGAGCAACCUCGCCGCGCACCUCGCCGGGGCCUGCCUCUCCUCCUGCGCUGCAGAUGGACCGAUCCUACGUUUCCUACGUAGCACCAGAACAGCAUUUGUAUGUUCAAGAAGAAGAGGUCGUCAUCAUAAAGACCACCUCUUAAAUGUC